GGCCGGAGUCUGGGUGAACGCCCGUCGCCCCCACGGGUGCAACUUCGGCGAGAACCGGGCCUGGCACAAGCAGGUUGUGCCCGUCCCUCGUCGAGGCCGGAGCCGGCCGCUUCUUCCCUGCCACUUUCCAAGCCUGGCAGAGAGGGAAAAAAGAGGCCGGGCUUGGUGCUGAAGCAGGAAAGAAACGGGCGAAACUGCGCCGCCGCGUUGGCCACGGCGCCUUUCCAGCGGCCCGAGGGACAGCAGGAGGCCACCCCAGGGGAUGGGGGCGAGGUCCCGCGCUCUCGGCCUCAGCGACCGAAGGAUUUGGCCCAGGACCCUGUUGAAGGGGAAGCGGAGCUGCAGAGGAAGCGGGUGGAGGGCGGAAGGCUGCCUUAGCCGCAGCGUCUGCUGCUUCGGGCGGUCACAAGACGACGAGAUGCAGAAAAAAUCAAACCCGUCUUAGCCCUAAGCGUUGAUCUAAGUUGCCGCCUCUCGUCCCUAAAAAGCUGCAACACACACACACGCACACAGCUCGUGCGGGGAGCACCUAAAUAGCUCUGCGCCUUCAAACAGAGCUGCUUUAUGAUGACUAACACAGGUAGUCCUCGACCUACAACAGUUCAUGUAGUGACCGUUCAAAGUUACAAGGGCACUGACUUAUCAAAAAUUUUCAUAGUUGCAACCUUUGAAGCCUCCUGUCCUCAUGUGAUCAAAUUUCAGAUGCUUGGCAACCAGUGAUGCACAUCUUACAUCAACACUUCAAUUGCUAGGAUGUGUUUUUAAACUACAAUGGCAUUUUCCAUGAAACCACUGAAUUUCUGCAAACUUGUAUAUAUCAGUGCAAUUUUUAGCAACUUUCUUGAAAUAUCUAAAUCAUCACUCAGUCUGAAUAUGAAAAAAGAGGAUUUUGAGUACAUUCUAUCAUGGGAAGCUGGAAAUAGUUCAAGAAUGCCAGUAUGCUACACAGUGAUGUACCAGUAUUUUACGGAAAGAAUUGUUGGCUGUAAUUUACAUACCACGGGAACAAAGUCAAAAUCAGCAGUAAGAGACCAGGAACAAGUUAAUUUUUACAACUCCAGGUCUCAAAAAAACCAGGAUUCAGACCAUCAUGUUCUGGGACCAGGGGAGUUGGCUGCUUGCCCAGCUUUCUCAGAAACAGAUGCACAGAUAACACCAAUGAAGCAGUAUCUAAGUGAUAUAAAAUCAAACUUCAAGACAGUCCAGGAAUGUACUAAUAUUACAAGACUAUUCUGUAAUCUAACAAAUGAAUUUGCAGAUUUUUGCCAAGGAAAUGCAAUUAUUAUAGUACGGCAAGACACCAGCAAUGGAACAAAUUAUUCAGAUGUUCAAACAUUCAAUCCAUAUUUUGACCGAUGCUUCAAGCCACCUCAAUUUAAUAUUUCUGUUUGUCAAAACUGUGUAAAUGUCACAGUGAAACUUUCACCUCUGUUACUUAAAAUUUAUCAAAAACUUAAUUAUAGAAUCAUAGUGAAAACAGCUGAACUCAAGGAAAAUCGUAUUGAUAAUACAACCGAAAAGGAUCAUUUCUUUACUAUUCUGGAAGAUUUGCCACCAAAUAAAAAUUAUUGCAUUGCUGUUCAGGUGGAUACAGGUGUUAAUCACCAGUGCAAUUCCACAAAUCCAAAAUGUAUUAUGCUUGACUCCAAUAAUAGAGAAGAUUAUAUGAUGCUUUCAAUCUUGGCUCCGUCAAUACUAUUGGUAGUAGUAGUCAUUCCAGUCUUCCUGCAUAAGACUGGUUUUAUUUCCUGUAAAAGGAAGACAUCACCAAGUGUCUUGAACAUCAAACCUAACUUGGCUUAUUCAGUCUUUGAAUCAGCUCCUGAAGAAGUUUGUGAUAUCCAGGUCCAGAAAAGUAAAGUGCAACACCACAGUGAUGAUGAGAACAGUGAAAGCGAUGUUGAGAGUAAUUUUGACACUAAAUGUGGCAUCUUUAACCAGAUUAAACCAUUCUCUGAGGUGGACAUCGGUCAGAAGUUGUUCACAGGCUGCUCAGCUACUACAAAUGAAAUAACCAGAGCAAAAAUAGAUCAGAAUGAUAUUGACAAAAGCAGCCCAUUUACUCCAUUAUAUCCUUCUGAAGUGAACUCUGGCCAUGUAGCAGAAUCAGAACGUACAGACUGCUUAAAUGUAAACUUAAAUAGUGUGAUGCUAGGAAUAUCGGAUAAAGAAAUGGAUUUUUCUACAUUUGACCAUGAAGAUAUAGACUUGAAUGAAUCUUGUAGUUUGGAUGCAUUUGAACCAAACCAUUUCACUGAAAUGCCAGAUAAUCAGAGCUUUGAUGUUCAAAGUCCUCUAUGUUCAUGGGAAAAUCUUAGUGUCUCUGGAGAAAGUGAAUCAUCUUAUUCAGAAACAGAAUGCACCAGUGGAUAUAUGAGAAGAUGAAUCCAUGAAAAGUGACACAGCUUCCACUGUCCCUCCCUUUGAAAGGCACUUUUGGGGAACAGUAAUUUAGGCCAGACAAACAUUGAGCUCUUUCUUCCAUUUCUUCAUUCCAAAUUAAUGAUCGUGAGUUACAUUUAAACAAGAAACAGUGUUGGCACUUUACUAUCUGCAUUUAUAUUGCAUGUAGAACUUGGUUCCUGUGGAUACCAAAAUAUAGUUACAUAGCUUGUUGUAGAGAGCUGGAGCUACAGUUUAUACCGAUAUUGUGAUUGGCAGACAUUUUUUCUAUAGUUGUGUGUCCUGCCUUCUCCAAAUUAAUGUCUUCAUGGUGUGCUCUAGCUGGGAAUUCUAGAAUCUGCACCUCCGGCAUAUCAAGAAGCCAUCAGGUCUGGACUUUACUUUUCCUUCAGCAGCUAAUGCUGUUUUAGAAAUCUAAAAAUUAGCUGCUUUUUCUUGUAUUUAUUCUUCUGUUUUUAACAACCUUAAACUUCUUACUACGUGACUUUAUUACAGGGCAACUUACUUCCCCAUGAUUUACUUAACAACAGUGGCAAGAAAGAUUGCAAUUUAGGGCAAAUCUUACUUAACAACUGUCUUAUUCAGCAACAUAAAUUUUGGAUUCAGUUGUGGUCGUACAUGAAGGACUACCAGUACGAUGUGAGAUUGUUUGUUUGUUUUCUCAAACAAGGAAAGUGAAUUUCUUAAGGAAUGGUUUCUUUCACACAUUUCUUUCCAACAUGCUUGAAGGAGGAAAAUUAGUGGGAGACAAGGCAGAUCACAGUUCAUGCAGAAUCCAGCACAUGACAAUGGUUAUAACCAGUGGUGGGAUUCAAGUAAUUCAACAACCGGUUCUCUGCCCUAAUGAUUUCUUCCAAUGACCAAUUUGCCAAACUGCUCAGAAGGUUAACAACCAGUUCUCCCGAAGUGGUGCAAACUGGCUGAAUCCCACCACUGGUUAUAACACUGGAUCUGGUGUUCCUCUCAGAGCAAUACCUUUGUGAGUGGCAUUUUUUAGUAUCUCCCUUGUCACAGUUAGAUCAUGCCCUAAUCUCCAUGGAAUUCUUUAGAACCACAGUCAGAUCAUGCCCUAAUCUCCAUGGGAUUCUUCUAUUCAUUACAGGGAGGCUGGUUUCAUUUCCCUGAGGAUUGAUGGACCCAGAUAGAUUUCAGAGGAAAUGGGGCUUGUUCCUUUAGUCUGCUGUAUGGACAUCCAAAGUUACAAGUUAGUAUAAAAGUUACAAGUUAGUAUAAAAUGGUUGCUAAGGCAUUGGAUCACAUCGUACCCAUGAAGCCUCUUUUCUCUUGGGGAUACUGUCACUUCUUAUGUUUUACAGAGGAGCUGAGGGAGAUGAAACGAGAGUUGUCUAGAGCAUGAGAUAUUGAGAUAUUCCCAACCUGUAUCUCUGCCCCUGAUGAAUUAUGAAACCUCCCUGGUCCAAAAUUAGGUUAGCUCCACCCCUGUGGAUGUUAAGGAAGUCCCACAAAACCUGAUUAUAUCAUCAGAUUUGGGGAUCCCCAGGAACUGGCAAUAUUUUCAUGUGGCUCCCCUAUUAUUGAGGCAAUUAAUAUACUUACAGUACUUUCUCUGUUUGUGGUUUGUAUACUUUACUUUUUAACAAAACUUUAAUUUUAAUAAUUAAAAUUAUUAAAUAACAAUCAUAUUUAUGAUUGUUUUUAUAAUAACUUUUAUAUUGUUUUGUUUGAUUGUGUGCCACACAUUUGAUAAAUAAAUAAAAUCAUGUAAAGCACAAUUUCAGGUCCUCCAGGAAAGAAGUCACAGGGUCUGGAGCUUUUUCUCUUACCCAGCCUGAUGAAAGCUUUCUCAAAUAUUAUGGCAUCUUGGCUCUUUUAGAAAAUAUUUUGUUCCUUUUAAAAUAUUGCUGUAUUGAGGUUUUAAAAUGUUGCUGUUCACUACUUUCAGCCUACUAUUUCUGUCAGAAAAAUAUGAGCUAUAAAGGAGGGAAGGAAGGAAGGAUCAAAUUAAUGCACAAGAUGAUUGCAAUAUUGUUAAAUGGACUAAAUUGUUUCGAUAUUCUAUGCUAGGCCUUUGUAAGAUGUGUUGGCUUAUAGUCAUUCUAGGUUUGGAUAAAGUAUUAAUGGCAAUCUUUUAAGCAUUAAAAUUAAACAUUUGACAAUAUCUGAGGGAUUCUUCCAUAUAAUGGCGAGAUUCAAAAACUUCUACUACCCGUUUUGUGGGUGUGGCUUGGAGUAUGUGGCAGGGGAAGGAUACUGUAAAAUCUCCAUUCCCUUCCCACUCCAGGUGAAGGUUACUGCAAAAUCCCUAUUCCCCCCCCCCCCCGAGCAGCUGGGACUCAGGAGGCAGAGAAUAGAUGGGAGCGGGGCCAGUCAGGGGUGGUAUUUACUGGUUCUCCAAGCUACUCAAAAUUUCUGCUACCGGUUCUUCAGAACUGGUAAGAACCUGCUGAAACCCACCUCUGAUUCCUACUAGGAUUUCAAGGGCAUUGUCAGAGUCUAUUCUUUAAAGACCAAAUGAAAUUUGAAGUAAAAACAGACAUGUGUUAUAAUCAAUGCUAGUAUCUAUAUUAUUCAUGAAAGUCUGUAUUGCAUAACCCAACCUUUUAUUACAAUAAGAAAUUUAUAAUUAAAAUUAUUGUGAAAUAUUUUUGCAUAUUUAAACUUUAAAAUCAUCUCUCUGUCUCUCUCCUUCUCUCUUCCCGCCCCCCCCCCCCGGCCCGUAUAUUUUAGUAAAGUCAUUUAGAAAUCACAAAACAGGAAAUCUAGUAAAAUAAUAAAACAAAACAAAAUGGGCACAAUUUAUUAAAGUGGUAUUAGUGUCUUAGAAUGUAUUAAAAUGUUUGAUAUGGUUUUAAAAAAUCAUUCAAAGCCUUCUUUAAAGGUCCAAGCUCAUGUAUUUUCUUAAUUAUCACCAACCAAAAAGCACAUUUUUCUGGCAAGUCAUAUUAGAAGAAAAGCCUGUUAAAAUAGUCACUCUGUGAAAAUCUACAGCCAACCUUGGACUAUUAUGCUUUCCUAUAAUAAAGGGGUGUCAAACUAUUUCAUUGAGGGCUGCCUCAGGGAUGUAUUUCACCUCAGGGGGCUGGGGUGAGCGUGACCAGGGUGGGCACGGCCAGCGUAAUGAUACUCAUGUUGAGGGCACCUGUAGUGGCCAAGUGUUAAGGCAGGACUUCCCUCAGACUCUCAAUCACUCUCAUUAUAACGUUCCUUCCUUCCUUCCUUUUCUUCUUUUUACUUCCCUGUUCAUUCUUUCUUCUUAUUUCCCCUCUUCCCUUAUUUUUCCUUCCUUGCUGUCUUCCCAUCUUUCCUUCUUUUUCUUUGUCUUUCCUCUUUCCCUUUCCUGUCCUUUCUUGCAUGCUCAAAUGCAAAAGAGGAAACAUUUCUCCUUUUGUUUUGUUUUUAGUUUGUUUUGCUAGCCCUUUGCUAGUAAAAAUGGAGCUCUGGGGGGGGUGUGGGCCACCUGGACCCCAUUUUUGGCCGUGACGGCUUCCUGCAGCCCUCUGCCAGUGAAAACAGAGCCCCAUUUUUACUGGCAGAUGGCUGCAGAAGGUUUGUGGUCUAAAACAGGGCCUGGGAGGGCCACAUGUGGCCCUUCCAAGCUCCGUUUUUGCUGGCAGAGGGACCUCGGGCCUGUCCUUUGCUUGUUUCCAGGGUGGCCGCACAGACCAGAUCUAAGCAUGCCACAGGCUAGUUGUGGCCCAUGGGCCUUGAGUUUGACACCCGUGCUCUAAUAGGUCAUUGGUGAGUGUAUCUUUUCUUUCAGACAAGCAUUCAAUUUAAACAAAUCUCUUGCAGCAACAACCUAUUUUGUAUUUUUGUCAAAUCAUAGACAAAGCCCCAAUGCUUUGCCCUAUGGUAUACCUAUAUGCCUUCUCGGUCCUACAUCUCCUUUGAAAGUAUGAAGAUAGGACCUAAUAAUGGACUCUUCCUCAUAAUUGUGUUAAUUCACUUUCCUUCCAUCUUUGAGUUAGAAAGAAAACAUGUAAAUAAAAAUUGCCCUGUCUUACUUCCUACCUUUACACCCAGGUAAUUAGGCCAUAGAGAGUUAUUCUGCUCCCAUACUUGAAUGUUAGGUAGCUAGAAUAAGUUCCUUUAUUCUGCUGCCCAGAAUCAUCUACCUGCAAAAACCCACCUUUCAGUUGUUCCCCUGGGCUGAGUGGGCCAGGGAUUCCCCCCCCUCGUAUUUUGCCUACCUUACAGAAUAUAUUAUAUGGUUAUCAUAGCAAGAAGGUAGACCAUCCAGGAGACACACAAUUUCUAUUACUGGGUUGGAAAUCAUAUAAUAAUUUCUAAAAAAGCUCUAGGUAUAAAAUAACCUUUUGAUCUCCUGGAAGAAUUCAAUGUUCUAUCAAAAGUUCAGUAUAAAAGCACUGCUUCCCCUCUUCUGCAUAUCCUCCAAAUGAUCACAUAAUUCAAACAAAUAUGCCAAGCAACACAGAAGACCAGAGGGAAGCAUUCUAAUAUGCAAGAAGAAUUGGGGAGAAAGCCCCCAAGAUUAAUGUUUAUCUCACCCAUAGCAACAAAGAACUGGAGAAUGAUGGUAAUAUAAAGCAAUGAGCUUGUAGCAUUAACUGGCAGGAAAUCCAUGCCUGUCUUGGCAAUGUAGGGUCAACAUACAGGGACUUGUGGCUCACUGAGGAGGAACCACAGAAACAGUAACGAUCUUUUUAUCAAAAGUGACAAAUGUUAAUUCAUGAGUUUAAGGAUCACAUAAACAGAUUAGUGAGCUUACUAAUGGGACAUAGCAGUUCUGUUUCUAGCCAGGCUGUUAUUCCCAUACUAGGAAAAAUAAGAAGAAAUAGCCUGUACAAUCAAGUCAUUUAACCUUAUACUCACAACCAAAAUAGUCAUAGAAGUAGAGGACCUGGUGAUCAAUCAGAAGAGCAUGGUCCCACCAGAGAUCUACCAGGCUAAUAAGACUUCAGCAUAUUGCCAGAUUCCAUGUGCUCUUUUCCAGUGUGCUUUAAAAUGUCCACAUAGGUAGUUUUCUAUUAAAAUAUGAGUGAAAAUAUUUUUUUUAUGCCUGAACACCUUAGUUCAAAUUCAAAAUGAAAAUGAGAUGGAGGAGAUGUAAUGAGGAUAUGUCCUCUACAAAUAGUUUGUGGGAUUUCUUUGUCCUAUGGCAAGCAAGAGAUGCAGAUAUCAUCUAACAUCACCAAACAUCUGUUGAUCUUUCAUGAAAUAGAGAAAAAUUCUGUAAAAUUCACACUUAAUUCAACAAUAGCAGGGAAGAAUGCUCAAGACAAAUUCACUGAAGCAUGGCCUUUGUUGUCAUCUCAACUUCUUUUACACCCAAAGGGCUCUCAAGGGUUGGUAUUGUAUUUUGUCAGCUUCAAAGUGCUGCUAUUAACAAGAGGUUCUCCAUGGUUUGGAAUCAUACUAUAUAAAACAAUACUCUUCAUAUAUGUGCCUUCCUAUAGCCUAAAACAGAAACCCUGUUCUCACCCACUCCCAUGCUGAGAGGGACUGAUGAAUUGUGAAGGAGCAGACAUUUUUAGGGUAGCCCCUCAGCUUCUGAAUACCCUCCACAGUGUACCAAAGACAUUUUUGUUCUCCAGACCUUUAAAUAUACCAGUAUUAAUAUUUUGAACGAAUGCAUUAUAACAAAGUUUUUUAAUCAAUUCUAUUUACUUUUAAUGUUCAUAUACUAUAUUUUAAAUAAGACUCUAUUUUUAAAUUCCAAAUUUUUUUUAAUGCUUGAAGCAGAUUUGCUUGCAACAAAACACAGCCUUGAAUAUAAGUAAAUAAUUGCUUUCUUAAAGUAUUUUAGCUUCCAAGUAAUAAUAAAACAUGUUAUAGGGUUUAGUCUUUUAAAAAUACAAGCAAUUUCUUAUCUCACCCUUUGGCAAAAUAAAAUUCCUAUGUAAUUACUUUCUAAAGUAUGCU